AUGAUCCUUCUGCAGCGCAUGACAUUUUUUGCGUUCUUCCUGUCCACCGACGAGAAUAGAGAAAAGGCAGCAAAAGAAGUGUUCGACACACUCAAAAUCAUUCAAGACCAGUCUCUGGGAGAGAAGAAAUUCUUCGGUGGUGAAAAAAUUAGAGUGGUGGACUUGAAUUUCAGGUGGCUCGUCCACUGGUUUGAACUAAUGCAAGAAUUCGUGGGCUUGCGCGUUUUCGAACCAACCACUCUGCCCAAAUUGCAUCGGUGGACCAUAGAUUUCAAACAAGAACCUGUGAUCAAGGAAAAUCUUCCAGACAACAAUGCAUUGCUGACACACUUCGGAAAGUUCAAGAAGGAACUCACAUCACCAAAGAACGACUAA